AGGAAACUGUUGUCGUCGUCACGGACCCAGACCGAUCGGCCGAGCUUGACAGUCAUGCCCGUCAACGAGGAUAUAACCAACGACGUCAGGUUGACGCAGGCGGAACCCGGAAGAGCCGGUCCAGCCGCAGGAUCUCGGCAGAAGAUGUCUGGGGAACAUCCGGUGGCGGACUCCUCGUCGAUGUCAGCACCCUCAGGUCUCGCAAAUGGCACCGUGGAGCGACAAGGCGUCGAGAAACGGGAUUUCCGCAGCAUACCACGCCGGAACGCCCAUGAAAAGCUCUUCCGGGACUUCUUUGAGCUCGUCUUGCAGCGGGCGGUAUUCCAGUCCACCUCUGGGGAGGAUCGCGUGGUCGAAUGGGUGGACCCUCACGAUCUGCGAUCCGUGGUGGAUUUGUCACUGCCGACCGAGGGUGUUAGCCAUGAAGAACUGUUGACACUGACCCAUGACAUCAUCAAGUACAGCGUGAAGACAGGCCACCCGCACUUUGUAAAUCAGCUGUUCUCCAGCCUGGAUCCGUACGGGCUGCUGGGCCAGUGGUUGACCGACGCCCUUAAUCCGUCCGUUUACACCUACGAGGUGUCCCCGGUGUUUUCUCUGAUGGAAGAGGAUGUGCUGCGGGAGAUGCGCGCCAUAAUCGGCUGGCAGAGCGGCGAAGGUCUUUUCUGUCCCGGCGGUUCCAUGGCGAACGGAUACGCCAUCAACCUGGCGCGUCACUAUAGAUAUCCAAACCUGAAGCAAUCCGGACUAUCGCAGCUGCCACGGUUGGUGGUGUUCACGUCGGAGGACGCGCAUUAUUCCGUGAAGAAGCUCGCUGCGUUCCUGGGUAUCGGCUAUGACAAUGUGUAUCUGGCCAAGGUCGAUUCUCGUGGAAAAAUGGUGGUCUCUGAUUUGGAGGCGCAGAUUGCCAGGGCCAUCGAAGAGGGUGCCGCGCCACUCAUGGUGUCCGCCACCGCGGGCACCACCGUGAUAGGCGCGUUUGACCCUCUUCAAGAAAUCGCCGAGGUCUGCAAAAAGUACGGCUUGUGGUUCCACGUAGAUGCUGCGUGGGGUGGCGGCGCCCUCGUUUCCCGGACGCAUCGCGGCCUCUUGAGUGGUAUCCAGUUCGCGGAUUCAGUCACCUGGAACCCCCAUAAGAUGCUCGCUGCGCCACAGCAAUGUUCCACCCUGCUGCUCCGCCAUGAAGGUUUGCUGCAAGCGGCGCAUGGUUGCAGAGCGAGCUACCUCUUCCAGAACGACAAGUUCUAUGAUCCGUCGUUCGAUUGCGGCGAUCGACAUGUGCAAUGCGGCCGCCGUGCCGAUGUCCUUAAGUUCUGGUUUAUGUGGAAGGCGAAGGGCACGCGCGGCCUCGAGGCUCACGUUGAUCGCGUGUUCGCGCUUUCACGCCACUUCGUCGAUCUUAUCAGAACGCGCGACGGCUGGCACCUGCUCGCUGAACCGGAGUGUACCAAUGUAUGUUUCCGCUAUGUUCCGCCGUCGAAGAGGCACUUGGCCGGUCCAGAACUCGAUCAGGCGCUCCACAAGAUUGCGCCGAUGAUCAAGGAACGUAUGGUGCGAGCCGGUACGAUGUUAAUUACGUACCAGACAUUAAGAAAUAUGCCAAACUUCUUCAGAUUGGUAUUGCAGAAUUCGGGAGUGACGGAAGCCGACAUGAAGUUCUUUGUCGAGGAGAUAGAAAGACUUGCUGUGGAUCUUUGAUUAGUAAAUAGUAAAUGUUGUAAAUAGUGAUAUAGAAUGUAUAUGUAUUAUUAGUAUAAGAAAUAGUUGCAUAAUAAAUCAACAAUCACAUUGAAAAAA